GCAACCGUGUCGGUUGAAAAGUCGGGCCUCGUGUCCGGCCCAGUGGAGCUCAAUGCCGAGAUCAUGGUGCUAGUAAGCUCAGGCGAACAUUCCAGUCCGUCCCCACAGGCGGCCAUCAUCUUGCGAAUAACAGACCAAAGUCUUUACACUGUCAUUUUCGAUGAUGGCGAUCGUAGGAGCCUGAAGCGCACUCAACUGGUCCUCAAGGGUGAGCGCCACUUCAAGGAGAGUGAAAGUCUCGACGGUUUACCUCUCACUAAUCCGGAACAAUUCAAGCAACCGGUGAUUGAUCGCAGUCGGAAGUAUCGGAAUUCAAGUUCUAGUUCGACAGAUGAGGAAAACGAAGACGAAGAAGAAAGUUACGUCGAGGAUGAAGAGGAGGAGGAAGAUGCGGUUGAAAGAGAUUCCGACGAUGACGAGGCCACCCUGGCGGAAAGUGGCUCCGAUGCCGGCUGCGAUACAAAAUCUGCCCGCAAUGCUCGCGCAUCACGUGGUGAGACGUCAGCCUCGACAAGUGGGCUUAAUUUAAGCAACACUUCGGAGUCCGGGGCAUCCAAUUCUCGGCGUAGAUUCACGCCUGGCUUGGUUGUUUUACCGUCGGCGAUGCCUUCAAUUGAUCUAAAGGCUGCACACCUGUCUGUCCACGAACCAGUCUUCCUCGUACGUUCGUUUCGGGAAAAUCGAUUGUGA